AGUAUGAUUAGGACGUGGGUCGUCGUAUGUCGCUGCAGAGGGCCGAGAGAGCGUGUCUCCUGCGGAACACAGCUGGCACGGACCGUCAAGAUGUAAGCUGUCGGGCAGAGAACGCGUGUGUGACGGUACGCCGCUGGCCCAGGCCGAGAGAACGUUCUUCCACGAGGAAGAGGAAGAAGAAGAAGAACAGGAGAGACACGACGAUCAAACGGGCCGAUCCGGGAGGAUGGAGUAGAGCGGGAACCAGGGAUCGAUUGCUUCCCGAUUGUUGGCAUGGAGGACACGACACUGGGCAUCAUCGAGGGCUGAGCUAUCGAAAAAUAUGGCGUCAGGAAUACCGAGCGUUCAUCAGAGGAAGCUUGGACCAGCGCCGAUAGCAUCCUUCGAAGACCUGUCCGACGAGGUGGAAAACGGGGAACCGGCUGCGCGAAUGCCAGGCAUCGUCGAGGUCACCACGCCGGCAACGCCUGGUAGUUCGCUUAAGACACCCAGCACGCCGAGAAUUGACAUCAGCAGGGCGAGCAGUUCCUCCCACCAUGAGGACAGUAACUCCAGGGAUUCCACGCCCGAGAGGGAACUCCUCGCAGGCGGAGAACCUCCACCCGGAUGCAAGCUGACUCUGGGCUACAAGGAGGACGCCCAGGAUCUGAGAUCGUCGACGGAGGAGCUCGACCUGCAAGAUCCGAUUCACGAGCAAGAUCUGAAAAGGGAAUCGAAGAAAUUGGCCAAGAGGCGGAAGGAGGAUGGUUCUCUGUCCGACUACAGCGGCAAACAAUUGGACAGAGAGCGUAAGGACAGCAAUUGUUCGGAGAUUGUUCUGUUGAACAUCAGUGGGAGAACGUCCAGGCUCUCGUCAGUCGGUAGUCAAGGUUCCGGGGCGUCUGGCAAGCUUUCCGUCGUGUCAGCCACGUCGUCCAGGUCACCGAGCCCGCACAAAUGUCUACUCGAAACGUCGUUCUGCGGAAGCAAGCCGACGCUGGCCGAUAACCUGAUAGAACCGUCGAAGCCGGAGACGGACGAUCUGGAGAAGAUCCUGUUGAAACGGGAGGCGGACACCACGAAAGCGUUGAUCCCGGAGAGCAUAAAGGUGUCGAUGGUGGACGGAAAUUUGAAGCCGGAUCCCUUGGAUAAACCGAGGAGGCGGGGUCGAGAGGAGAGGAAGGAGAUCUUUAAAAGAGAAGUCGAAAUCACGAAGAGAUUUCUCGAGAAGGUGAAUAUACAGGUGCCGGUGGUAAAGAGAUCGGAGAAUACAACGGAGCAACAAUUGGCGAGAAGUGAACAGGCGCAAGAGGUGCAGAAGCCGGCCACUCUGGAUUUCAACGACAAGAGGAAAAAGGCGCAGAACUUCAAGGAGAUAGUGCAAACAACCCCGACAACGAGCAGCGCGACCGGUAGCCCAAAGUUGCCUAGGCAUCAGAAGGUCCGCGACCUCGAGGGAUCCCGUACACCCAGCCCCUCCUCCGUCUCGAGAAAGAGCAGCUUCACCUCCCUGUUCAAGGCCCGUACAGACAGCAGUGUGUUGAGCCCAGAAUCACCGUCGCCCAGCACCAAGCCUCGCCGUAGCUUGACCUCGAAGAUCAGGGACACCACCGAGAGUCUGCGCAGCAGGUCCAAGUCGAGGGACCGGGUGACCCCCCCGGCCGACAAAGGGGCCGCCGCUUUGAGAAAGGAGUCCAAGAACAAGGGGGUGUUCUCGUCCACGCUGAGCUUGUUCAAGAAACGCGAGCGAAAGAAAAGUUACGACGAGGCGAUCGCUGCCUCCUGCACCUCCGCCUCCGUCGAGCUCAACGCCCCGGCGGGCGCCGGCCACCCCUCCCUCGAGAGCAUCGGCCACGUCGAGUUCCGGUUCAACGCGGAGAAGGAGAGCCGCAAGGACGACUCCAUCUUCAUUAGCUUGCACGCCGACGACAGGAACUACGAGGAGGCCCUCCCCUCCGAGAGCGUCUCCAUACCCCUCGAAACGCCCACCAAAUUGUUGGACGAGUACGAGUCGGAGCCACGGACCGGAAGCAUCGUGACCGAAGCGUCGAUCGAGCAUUACCCACCCCCUCCGCCCUCCUCGUCGAGGAUAAAGACCGAGGCGUUGAUCGAGAGGUCGUACUCGAGGGACGCGGUACAGGUACCGCGGAGCGGCUCCAAGGAGUCCGAGAUAUCGAGAAGCUCGUCGAAGGACUCGAAGCUGAGCGGUCAUGGGAAAGGCGAGGUCAGGUCGUCCUCGUCCGUGGAGGGGAAGCCUCCUGCGGAGCAUCGGGUGUCCAGCAGCUCGUCCAAAGACUCGUUGGGGAAGAGGGACGCGACGAAACCGAAGAGGAGGAGCAGGGAGGCGCAGCAAGCAGCACCGGUCGAGCAGUCGGUGGAGAGAAGGGAGGAGGACACUGUCUCGUCGAGGCAGAGGCAGAUGAGGGGACACGCGGAGGUUAGAAGCGCGGAGAGCAGGAGGGCGGACUUGUUGGACGAGGGGAUCAGGGUCGCGGAUCAGGAGCUGGUGAAAACGCCGAGCGUGAUCUCGGAUUUGGAUCGCAACAGCUCGGAGUCGGAGAGGGACUCGGAGAUCGAGUUUGUCAGGAACAAGGUGGAGAAGCUUGCCGAGGAAUUGCCCGACGAGAGGAAAGGCCUGUUCUACGAGGAGAGCUUCGAGGAGGAUCUCCCCUAUAUCCCGACCACCCUCCCCUUGGAGAAGAGCGUGGCUGUGCCGAUCCUGCCUGUGAAACAACGACUUCAGGAAGUAAGAACGAUACCAAUCGAGAGGCCGCGUUCUACGACACCGAUAAACCCGACACUGCUCGACGAGUUCGUGAUGCAGACGUCUCUGGACGAGCGCCGCGUGGAGAAAAUGAAGAUAUCGCUGCCCCGGGAAGAAAGUUUCAAGCUGAAGAGCCCGAGGAAGCACGCGGCGAACACGUUCAUGGAGUUCGCCGGCAAGGUGCCCGACGGGGGGCGGAAAACCGCGGGCAAGUCGCCGAGUCCUCCUCCACUGCCACCGAGGGCCACGGCCAGGCCGAGCAAUUGGAUCAAUUUCGAGGAGAUACCGGAGAAGAGGAAAGCGCCGAAGAGGAUUCAAACGAUCCCUCGGCCCGAAGACGAGGUGAAAUCAGGUGGAUACAGUUACGUUCAACCGGAGGAAUGCAGGUGCGAGUGCCACGAAGAGUCGCGACGAGCGUCGAUGAAAGAGGCGGCUGCGACGAGGGCAUCGUCCUCGUGCAGCAGCAACGGGGAACGUGCUUGCAACGGUGACAACUGUACGGUGCCUACGUCGACGUCCCUGGAUCGCGCCAGUAUCGUCAGUGACAGCUCGUUGGAGUGUAGCCUGAGCAUCGAGGAGAACAACACUACGCAACCGUUAUCGGCGAAGCCGUUCAGCAUGGAUCUGGACAUCAGGUCGAAUCGGUCCAGUAUCGUAUCCCAGGACGAGACUGACGAGACCCUGCACCAAUAAUAGUUCAUUCACGGCACGCCUCGCCUUAUUAUCCUCUUGUUAAUCGGAACGAAGAUUCAACACCUUGUUGGAACUGUUCUCGAUCCGAGUUCUCGUUGCAUCUAUAACCGAUCCGAAUCUCUAAUGUAUCUCGUCGAAACUGGAUAACGAAUCGACUCUGCUCUCUCUCUCCUUUCUACUCUUAUUUUCUCUUUCUCGCUUCUAUCUAUUAUCAAAACCGUCUAAACGGUUUCUCUUGUCUGUAUCAUGUCAAUUUCAGUAGCAAAGUUUAAUGCUAGUUUACUGCAACAUUUUCUGUGCAGUCGUAUUCGUUAUAUCUAAUUAAAGAGUAACAGAGUAAUUCGUUAUUCGGGGAAAUAAGUAUCGUGUUAAGCGCGUUUGGAAUAGAGCUCUUAUUAACCGGAUAUCCGAGUGUUCGAAACAUGCUCAUUGUAACUCGAGUUUUCUUUCAUGAUUCCAAAUACGAGAUUUUGAAUUGAAAUUGAAGAGACCAAAUUUAAAUGUAUUCACAACAGAGCUUCGAGUUUUAAAUUAAACUCGAGUUCGGAUGCUAGAGUCGAUAGUAAGAGCUCUGGUAUUAGAGUAUUGUAUCUAUAUUGUGUAAUCGUUCCGAUUUUCCUCCACUUUCCUCGACUUUUCUCGUCGUUGUCUACGAGCCUUGUUUAUCAACCGGUUAUCGAACAUCGAACGUCAAUGCUAAUUUUUAAUCGCGCUUCGUAGCCGAUUAAAACGCGAAUAUGUCACGAACGCGAGCACACACAUUUGUACAUAACCUGUAACGAUUUCGAGAACAUUUUAAUCUAAGGGCGUAACUUCCACGAGAACUCGUUCGUUCUUUCGUUAAUAGUUCCCUCGUCGCGCAUCAACCCUUGAAAAAAGAAACGAUGCUUUGCGCGCGUGUUGACCAAAUGCUUCCUUACGAGAACGGGAGAUCGAAUCGCGGACGAUGAUUCGUGAGAGAGAAACAAUCCUCGGUUUUUCGAAGCUUCGAACUCGGAAUUAAAAGUCGAAUGUCGACGCUUUACGCUAGAAAAAGAAUGAAAAUUAGUGGAUAGUUUAUUAACGAUCGCGUUUAGAUCGUCUUGAAAGUAUAUGAUAAUAGCGAAUAAUGCGUUCAAAUAUUUUUGCGACCAAUUAUAGACAGGACCUCGAAGCCCGUAAUAUGUGUGUUCUCGAAUAUCAUUGGCAAACUUCGUAGCAGCGAGCUCCUUCCGUUUCCAGACUGAUAAAGAGAAGAAUACGUUAUUUUGUUGAUCGUCUGGUGUAAAAAAAAAAAAAAAAAAAAAAAAAGAAAAAGGAGCGUGUCACGAAGAGAGCUUACUUUCGAUUCUUCAUAUCAUGUAGAUAAAUUUAGAUCUGUAAGUGCCACGAAUGUAGAGAAUCAUAGAAAAUUAGAGAAAUUAUAAGAAUGAUUGUUACGUUGAAUCAAUCGAUUUUUGCGUAUGACACGUGUUCUAUUAAAAUAGAGUUAAUCGCGUGUACGCGAAAAUCAGCGAAUAUUCGAAAAUUUCAUUGGACGCAUGUGAUGCGCAUCGUCGAAAAAUCAUUCUCUCAGUAUUAUACGCGUGGAUAAUUGUGAUUGCGUGUAUGCGUGCAUAUCAUUCCAUAUUCAUAAAAUUAAUUUUUAUUUUCCCUCGGAUUCAUUGCAAUUUAUCGAGCUUCGAAUUUCGAAAAUGUGAAUAUUGUCCACGGUCAUCGUUCACGAAAGAAAAAUGGCAACGAUCUCCCAAUAUAUUGAGCCGACGAGUAUAAAUAGCGAAGAUAUCGAUGUUAGACGCUUAUAAUCACGACAAAAAUCAAACGAUCAUAACCGACAGAAUCGAUCCGAUUGCGUUUCGUUCAAGUGCUUCGAUUGCUUCGUCUCGCGUCACUGGAAUAACGAUCAUCCUUUAUUUCGAGUCUGAAAAUAUGUGAUAGGUUAUCUGAAUUGUUUUGUAACUCGCGAUAAAUUUCAAUCGCUUAGGCUUCCCAAUCAAUGUUUUCUUUCAUCGUUCGAUAAAAACUUCUUCGCUCGAAUGUGUUUUCGUCUAAAUUGCUUUUGUAAUAAAUUAAGUUUGGAUUUUUUGGAAGCUUCAAAUAUCGGAAAACAAGUGUCGGAAAAAUUCUGUUUCGUGAAAGUCAAAUCGAAAAGUACAAGAUAAUAGAGAUAAUUGUAAUUGUUGUUCGAUCCUCGUUAAUUGAUAAGAAAGAAUCUUAUCGAUCGCGAUAUAUCGCAAUUAACGUGAAUAACGAUUCGAUGAGUGAGAACAAUAGUCGGAAAAUGAAAAGAUGAGACAAAAGGUGAAAAAAGAAAGUUCAACUUUUUUUUUUGCAUCAUUACUCGAUGAUUAAUUACAACAUCGACAAAAAUCAAUUAGCUAUCGAUUAUCGAAUUAAAUUAUUAUAUCGAUUAUAUUUAUAUAUAUUAUAUUAAUCGAUAAAUCGAAUUAGUGAUAAUAUCAGAGAUCGAUGAACCGCUUUUAUAUCGUUUCUUCCGUUUUAAUGGAAGGGAAAAAGAGAUAGGAAAGAGUGUAAAGUUAUUGAAGAAAAAAAUUCUUAUGAAAAAUAUUUCCUUUUCGAUAUUCUUUAGCAAUACACAUCACAUUAUUCGUAAUUAUACUUUUUAAAAUAUAUUCAACGACAAGUGGAAAUGAUAACCGAAAUAAUUUGAUAUUUCUAAAAUUGUAAAUAAUGAAUUAGAAAAAAAUGCAUAUCGUGGAAAAGCAUAAGAGAAUGAGAAUAAAAUCAAACUUGAAAUGAAAAAGAAAUAAAAGAGAGAGAAACAAUGAGUGAGAAGGGAAGCGAAAGCAGACGGAGAAAGAGAAUAAAAAAAGUGCGUUU